CAGACUACAUCGGGCGAGGUUUUGUUGUGUAAACCGAGCAGGACAGGAUCUUGUGGGCGAGUCGCCGCCCGCCACUUCCCUCAUAGAUGUCGGCUAAGCCGCUAACAGUCGGCCGGAUAAAGUUUAGCGUUCGUGUGAAAUUCGGUGUUUUUUAUUAUUAUAUAUAUAUUUUUUUCAUUUAAGGACUCACACGACAAUGCCAUCUUCACUAACGACUGGGAAGUAUUGAUGUGAGAGAGCGGACCAAGACAUGAUGAUCAUUGGAGCUAAUAGCUGACAUUGUGGAAUGAGAGAUUAUGGAGCAAAUAGACAAUCCUGCCCCCCAGAGUAACAACCCUAAUGGGUUUGUCAACCGAGUGUUUAAUGUUUCUCUGGAUGUGGAGAAUGAGACCAGCAGUGUUUAUAUUAAAGAGACUGGGUCAGGGCCUGCAGAGAUGCAGGGUGAGGCCCAGGCUUCGUCUUUUCAGACCCCUGUCAAGGACAGACAGGAGGUCAACCGAAGACCCCGUGCAGCUGGCGGAAUCUGGAAGAUCUUGAACCGGAAAAGAGGUGUCUCAGAGCUGGAGCGAAGACCCCACUCCAUGAUCCUCUUUGGGGAAGCUUCCAUCCCUAAACUCUCAUUUGCUGAUAAAGUUCGCUCCUUUAAGAAACUUAAAUCCCCUUCUGUGUUCAGAGGGAAGGCUGGGAAAUUGUCUAGUGCCAAGCUCAGCAGCUCACAGGUGGAUGAGGACUCUUUCUGCCGAGACAUUGGCACUCCACAGCAAUCUAGCAGGGGCACACUUAGACACCGUGGCAAGAGGCACUCGUAUGCUGGAUACACAGCAGAAUUUGACUGUUCUUUUGAAGACAUUGACCUCCCAGCGCCGAUGGAUGACCAUCAGCCGACUGCUGUUCCAGAAACUACCGUUCAGAAUGGUUGUAAACCAUCAGAAAGAGUUUCAUACUCCAAAAGAAGCCACCUCAAUUCGACUAACUGUAACAAAGCUGCAGGCUGUGAGGAGGCUUCUGUUAAGGCUAGCAAAAAUACCACCCAGGGUGCAGGAAGACGACACAAAGAUGUGUGGAGUUACCUGAGGAGGAUGUCUCUUUUGGGAAAGGCCAAUCCUGUCUAUUCAGAGAGGAGUUUUGAUUCUGAGCUUCACUCUUUUGACAAGACGAUUGACUCGGACUAUGGUUCUGUAGACCUUGAGAAUGUCAAAGACUUCCAAGCACUGCCUCCCAAAAAUUCAGAUGUGAAGGGACAUUUUGGUGGAUUGUUUAAAUUUUUUAAUAAUGUAGCAGAAACAGCCAGAAAAUGGCGGACAACAUCCCGCUCCUUCUCCCCUUCUGAGGAAGAGAAAACCCCAAUUAACUCUCCUCAGGCUCCUCAGCGCACAGUACACAAAGUUCACAGUUUGUCCCUAACCCUCCACAGUGAAGGACUUCCACAAUUUCAGAAUCCUCCAUCCUCACCAUUGACCACUAAAUCCUUAAAACCCAGUACCUUUGACCAUGAGGCCCCCGCACCUGUGACAGGUGUGGGAUCACCUAAGGUUGUCUUCAAAGCUUUUCGGUCAUGCUCAGUGUCUGGAAGUGUCAAUGGCUUUGGAAGCUCAGACAGUACAGGGAAACAUAUAGAUACAGCAACAAACCACAGGUCCACCAUUGUAGAGAAUCAUAUUCCUCACUCAGUUACAAACACUGAGACUGGUGCUGAGCAUGAAAUGAAUCCAUUAAACUGUCUGCACUUAGGAGAAAAGGUAAAGGAAGACACAGGAAAUGAAGAGGAUUCCAAGGAUGCUUCACCUGACUCAGAGCAGAUACAGGAAGCGAAUAUUAAAUUACAAAUAAAUGGUAAAGAGAGCAUGACCAAUAGCAUACCAUCAUCUGAUUCCACAGAGGAGAUAUUUAAGGCCUUGUCUCGUCCUCCCGGUGGAUCUCCAUUAGAGCCACCACUAAGGGUUUCUCUGCAGCGGUGCCACUCCCUACCUCUGCCCCCCAGCACUUUAACUGCUUUGGCUCUUCUCCUGCCUCAUUCAGCUGUGGGUCAGUCAUCCUCAUCAUCAGUACGUCUGCGGUCUGAAGGCAGUAGUUGCAGGAGGAAGAGGCUGCUACGACCUGGGUCAGAACCAUUGCAAGUCAACAUUUUGAUAAGUGGCGGGUCAAUCGUCAACGCUGAGGCGGUAUGGGACCAUGUGACCAUGGCAGACCGGGAAUUGGCAUUUAAGGCCGGUGACGUCAUAAAGGUGCUGGAUGCCUCCAACAAGGACUGGUGGUGGGGCCAGAUUGAUGAGGAGGAGGGAUGGUUCCCUGCCAGCUUCGUGCGGGUGGAACCCCACCCUCCUCAGCCCCAAACAAAACAGGUUUUCUAUAUCAACCCCAUAGCAACUCCACGGUUCCAAAACACUACGUCAAAGUUGUGGGUGAAUCAAGAGGAUGGAGGAGGAGAACCAGCCGAAGGGACCAGCGAGGUUCAAAAUGGCCACCUUGACCCAGCCAACGACUGUUUGUGUCUGGGCUCGCCUCUCCAAAACCGUGACCAGAUGAGAGCUAAUGUCAUCAACGAGAUCAUGAGCACAGAGAGACAUUACAUCAAGCACCUCAAGGACAUUUGUGAGGGUUACCUGCGUCAGUGCAGGAAGCGUGUGGACAUGUUCAACGAUGACCAACUGAAGGUCAUCUUUGGAAACAUUGAGGACAUCUACCGCUUCCAGAUGGGAUUUGUUAGAGACUUGGAGAAACAGUACAACACCGAGGAGCCCCACCUUUCUGAAAUUGGACCUUGCUUUUUAGAACAUCAAGAUGGUUUCUGGAUUUAUUCAGAAUACUGUAAUAACCACUUGGACGCCUGCAUGGAGCUGAGCAAGUUGAUGAGGGAUGGCAGGUACCAGCACUUCUUUGAGGCCUGUCGACUCCUCCAGCAAAUGAUUGACAUUGCCAUAGAUGGCUUCUUGCUCACCCCUGUCCAGAAGAUCUGCAAAUAUCCCCUCCAGUUGGCCGAGCUUCUCAAAUACACUGCACAAGAGCACAGUGACUAUCGAUACGUGGCAGCAGCCCUGGCAGUAAUGCGAAACGUCACCCAGCAGAUCAAUGAGAGGAAGAGGAGGCUGGAAAACAUUGACAAAAUUGCCCAGUGGCAAGCAUCCGUCUUGGACUGGGAGGGGGAUGAUAUCUUGGACAGAAGCUCGGAGCUCAUCUACACUGGAGAGCUGUCAUGGAUCUAUCAGCCAUAUGGGCGCAGCCAGCAGCGAGUUUUCUUCCUCUUUGAUCACCAGCUGGUUCUCUGUAAGAAGGAUCUGAUACGACGGGACAUCCUGUACUAUAAGGGUCGCAUCGACAUGGAUCGCUACGAGGUGCGGGAUGCCAUUGAUGGGAGAGACGAUGACUUCAACGUAAGUGUAAAGAACGCCUUCAAACUGUGCAACAAAGACAGCGACGAGAUCCACAUCUUCCUGGCCAAGAAACCCGAGGAGAAGAUCCGCUGGCUCAGGGCUUUCCAUGAGGAGAGGAAGAUGGUGCGUGAGGAUGAGAAAAUCGGUUUUGAGAUCUCAGAGUAUCAGAAGCGACAGGCAGCCAUGACAGUGAGAAAGGUGACCAAACAGAAAGGUGUAAAUAGGUGCACGCCCCCCUCAUACCCGCCCCCCCAGGAUCCCCUCAGUGCGGGGCAGUAUGAGGUAACAGAGGACAUGGCACAAGGAGAGGUUUUUGAAUUCAGUCAAUCCAAACGAGGCCAGGCUCCUUUCUGGCAGAAUUUUAGUAGAUUAGCUCCGUUUAAGAAAUAGAGACUCUUUUGAAGGACCACCUAUUUUUUCGUAGAAGCACUAAACACUGGAUGAUCGUGUCCCACAAUGAAGAAAAUACAAAAACACAUUGACUUGAGACUUUCAAAGCUAAGGACCAAUGUUAAUAUUGGGUGUGGUUGAAAGCAGCAAGAGGACUGAAGACUUUCACAGAAUCGAGGGGAGGAAUAAAACAUAAUAAUUCAUACUUGUUGAAAACAUUCUUAGGUAUCAUGCUUCUCCAGCUGAGUCAACCGUCACUUGCGCUCUCAUUCAGAUUCUGCAACACUUACCUGUAUCAUCACACCAUCUGAAUGUCCUGGAAUUCGUAGAGAUUGUUGUCUUACUCUCUUUAAAUCCAUUGUCUGAAGACACACACCAGGGAGCGCCAGGUGGUUGUAUGAUUGUGUCCAAGAUCUUGCUGUGCUGCUACACUAUGUGAGAUUACAUGGUGCAUUCUUGUGAAUGUGUGGCCAAAUAACGACAGACCUAUGCUACUCGCCAGGGUGUCUGAAGUACCUGCAAAAGCGCGACUCUGUUGGGCGUCACCUCUCCCACCGCUAAUUACAGACCAUCUCAGCUCCACUCACGUCUUCAUUUGGAUCGCCUCUCUACUUGGUCUGGAAUAGCCCUCUCGUCGCAAUGUCGCCCUCUCUUCGUCAUCCUACCUUCUUCAUCUCGUUACUCACCUGUUCAGCCUAUAUGAUUUAGAGGAAGUGUUUCAUUCCUUCAGAAACCUGCCACCGGCCAUGAUAUGACCGCUCCAGGAACAAAUCAAUAGUGGGAAUUUCAGUACAGUGUAUUAACAUUCUUUCACCAAGCAGUUUUGACAGGGUAUUCAUAUCCCAUCACGCAAAAUGUCGAGGGCUGUGGGUUGUGGAGAGUUUGCUGGUCAGAUGAAUCUGCUGGGAGCAGGAGAUAGGCAGACUACGUUCCAGCCAGCUAGUGCCAGACCCCAUCCCUUCUCUCCCCAGAGACCACCCCUGUAGCACUGUGCUGGUAGCUUACGGACUGUUUAGAAAGACCACGGCCCACUUCAAGAGCUAGCAGUGAGGUUGAUCUUUAAAAUGUCUGGGGGUUUUUUGUCAGCUCAUGAUUUAUUUUUAUUUAUUUUUAUUUUUUUUUACUUAUUUUUUACUGCCCACAAUGGAAAAGGGCACAGCAUGGCAGAAUACAUUUGGUUGAAGAUUGAUGUGCACGGAUGGCUGUAGGUAGACCCUAACCACCACAAGGAGGUCAAAACAGGCAGAUAUUUUAAAAAAAGUGAAAAAGAAUAUAUUCGUGUGAUAUGAGUAUGGAGGCACAAAGACGGAUAUAAUGUGUAGCAUGCUGGCAUUUUCUGAUUGUGAUUCAUGUAUCUCUACAGAUUGCAGUUUAAAAUCUUGGCUUGGCAUUGCCCCCCCCCCAUCAUGUUGUUUAUUCAGAUCUGGCACAGAGUUCCACACUAUUAACUGAAUUUCUGAAGACUUGUUUCACCCGCAAUGAACGAGAGACUUCAGUAUAGUAGUUAGAAAAACAAAGAUCUUCUUGAAAUGGCUUGUGUUCGUUGCUACUGCAGGAAUGUAAGCAAAACAUCUGUCCAAGGUUUGUGAGCAUAGUUUGACCUCAGACACAUUUCGUUUGGAUUCACUGGAAAGUACAUCUACGUAUCUGAGCAAUGUGCCAUCAUUACUUUAUUACUCAGUAUGAAAGAGUUAUUCAUGAUAUUGUUCUAUGUAAUUUGUUUGCCUUCAAAAAGGCCUUAUAAAUUCCUGGGAAAACAGCAUAGAAUUUAUUUAAACAGUAUGUUGUACAAUCUGUGUUUUGUUUCAGUAAAGAAAGUUGAGACAUGGAUGAGUGGUGUCGCUCCCAGUCCGAUUGCUUUGGAAGAUAAUUCCCUUCACCAACAACAUACGGUUCCUAGACAAUGAUAACCUCAGGUCCAGUGCUGCGCCCACCCCACCGCCUCACCCCCGCAGAUGCAAACGCACACAGAGACACACAAUCAUGCGCACUUACUGGCCCAUUGUGCUGCGGAGAAGAGAGAUGCUAUCUAACAGUGCCUUCCAGCAUUCCACUAGUGAUUAUCUGUUCAGUUUCACAGGCAGAUUCAAAUUUGUCACGUAUUUUCCCUUCAGUGUUGGACUUCCAACGGUCUCUUCCUUUCUCUCGCACGAGAUCCACUCGGACAGAUAUCUCUUCCACAUGAGUCGUUUCUGUGCACACGGCACACUCCAAACACUUACUUUGUUAUUACUAUAUUACAUAGCAGCAAUUAUCUUGCACAAUUAUAAAUUAUUUUUAUUUCAGAUAGAUUAUUUAGAAAUGACAUGGAAUUCCUUUAUUGUUUAAAGACGAUUUCUUUGGAAUAUAUAUGAGAAAUCAUUAGUUUUGCAUAGUGGAGUUGUAGUGUUGAAAGAAUAUUAUAAGCAAUGGGUUAUGAAUUAAAUAAGAAAAAGUCAUCUAUUUUAACUUUAUCAGCUACACACUGUAAAUAGUGUAAAAAGAACAGAUCAUAUAUUUGGAUAUUGGUAUUUUGCGUUGGAGACGAAUGUUGAUCCAGUUCUAGCGUAUGGUAGAGCUCAGUAACAGGUAAAUGCAUGCUUGUGGCAUCCAAUACUUUGCAUGAGACUUAAAACAACUCUUUAUGGUUUGUUUGCUUUUAAUGGGAUUUUUCCACCAUGAUGCAUUCCGUUGUGAACCCACUGUCAUCUCACCAGAGGGAGUUCUGGUCUCUGUCCACCUGUCUCCUUGCUUAUGUCAUGUUUACGCUUGUAGCUUUUGUUCUUAUUCUAUGUCAGGAAUUGGAGAGGGACUUAUCCUCACACAGAGUCAGAGUGAACUCCUGAUAGGUCAAAUGAAAUAUUUGGCAAACUGGCAUUCUGUGUGCCAAAUAUUAGAUGUUCUCUCUUUUUUAUUCCAAUCUACACUGGCACAGCUCUAAUCGCUGGUUAUUUAUGGGUACCAGUAGCGCUGAGCUUCAGAGGAUCACGCAAAACGGGUAUAGGUUUUCUAUGACAACCAAAUGGAGUUAGCACUGAUCAUGGGUGUUGUCUGUAGAUUUUUAGUCGAUCAGAAGAGCCGAAUGCAUCUGUAGGGAUGUGCUAAAAAUAAUCCUAAUCCUGAAGACACACACAGAGUACUUCAUUACAAUUCAUAUCAUGCUCUUGUUCAAAAUAAUGCUCUGAAGUAUAACAACUUCACAGUAAAGAUGAUUUUCUCACUUGUAUUUAUUUAAUUAGUAGCCAGUGUUCAAUGUUGUAACUUUGGAGCCAAAUUGUUCAAACAAUGGUUUGGUUUGGUUGAUCUCAUAAGGUUACCAUUCUGAUCGUUUAUUCAAGGCCCAGACGUUGGCCUUCAGUGAAGGUCAUUUUAAUACAAUUGGUUUUCCAAUCAUGUCCUGAGACAGCCAAGUUAGCGAACAGAGUGCAUAGGAGGCUGCUUUUUAUUCCAAUGUGUUUACAAAACACUUGCAUAGAGCAUUGCCACAUCACCACGAAAGAUCUCUUGGUUGCAUCUGAACAGUCAGGGUACCACAGAGUACAAUGAGCCAUAUUAGAUGUGGUUUUCAAUGACUGCAAUGUGAUCUGAAGACGGGCGUCCCACUUUUAGAAACAGACGAUUCACUGUAUAAUACCAUAUAGUCCAAGGUUUAGGUUUUGCCUACCGUAGAAAACUAACUCACUGCCCAAAAUCAUUUGUCUCCACAUGCAAACAUUUGUCAUUUUUGUUAUUGCUGGUAUUUUGAGUUUGAUGAUUUGAUGUAGAAAUGAAAAAUAAUGCUUAUUCAAUCCAGAAACUGUGAAUGGGAGAGUGGGGAAGUCAACUGUAUGUACAUUAUAUGUUUUGGUGUAUUCCGAAGCACUGGGAAAACGUUGUACUUCGCUGUAAAAAAAGAAAAAAGAAAAAAAAGAAUCCAUAUCUGAUAUAGCUGUACUUUGUUUGACAAUAAAACCUCUCCAGAUUG